GGAGGCGACACCGACUCUGCGGCGCCCUCUACCGGCCAGACGCGCAGUCAGCCGCCGCUUUCCCGGAGCUGAGCACCGGACCGCUCAAUCCGAGCGUAACUCAGGAAUCAGGACUCACUCACACACAUUCCUCCUCCACGAGUGGAGCAAGCCGACAAGGAGCAGCCGUGUCGGCGUUGGUUCUCCCCUCUCUCUCCCCUCCCCGGACAACACGCCACAGGGACACGCAGGAGCGGGAGCAGCGACUCCAGAUAAAAGUAAUUGUUCUAAUAAAAAGAAGAGUUUCCAGUAAACCCCGCGGCUGGGGGUUAACGCUGCGGCGGCUCUCCGACAUGGAUAAAGUUCUCAAUUGGCUGUUUGCAGUGGUGAACCUGCUGAUGUCCGUUCAGGGGGAAGUUUUUAAAGGCGACUGUAGCUUUGAGAAACCGCUGGCAGCGUGUGGGUACAGCCAAGGCCGAGAUGAUGACCUUGACUGGGAGCAGGUCACCACCAGAGAGAAGACGUCAUCAGAGCCAUGGAUGCCCUCAGGGUCAGCGUUUGUGAUGGUGAACACAUCAGGGCGCUUCGCGGGGCAGAAGGCUUUACUACUGACACCCCAGCUGAAGGAGAACGACACCCAUUGUGUUUUGUUCCAAUUCUACAUUGGAGGCAGAGACAACAGCCACCCAGGUCACCUGAACGUCUACAUCAAAGAGAACAACAGCCCCAUGGGGAUGCCUGUUUGGAACGUGUCAGGUCCAGCCUCUCGGUCCUGGGGCCAGGUGGAGCUGGCCAUCAGCACAUACUGGCCCAACUUCUACCAGAUUGUGUUUGAAGCUAUAACCUCAGGGCAGCGCGGCUUGCUGGCCAUCAAAGACGUUGUGGUCCAGGGCCACCAAUGCAUGAAUACUCCACAUUUUCUGACCAUAAAAGGAGUGGAGGUCAACGCUGGACAGACUGCGUCUUUUCACUGCACCGUCAAUGGACGCAAAAGGGACAACUUUCGUUUGUGGCUUCAGGGCAUCGGUGGACGGGAGGCCCCGAUGAAAGCCACUAAACCUUGGAACAACCGCCGCUUCAUAGGCACUUUCGACGUAGAGAACACGACCAAGGGCGAUUCGGGCCGUUACCGCUGCAUUGUCCACUCAGACAAAGGAGUUGGAGUGUCCAAUUAUGGCGAACUAACCAUAAAACAGCCCCCAGUUCCCAUUGCACCACCCCAGCUGACUGCUGUUGGAGCUACAUACCUCUGGAUUCAGCUAAACGCCAACUCCAUCAAUGGGGACGGUCCAAUCAUUGAUCGGCAGGUGGAGUACCGCACUGUGUCGGGUACCAUGUAUGACCUGCAGCCCGUCGAUAAGACCACACACAAGAUCGGCCACCUGGAUCCAGACACUGAGUACGAGAUCAGCGUUCUGCUGACCAGGCCUCUGGAUGGGGGCACCGGAGCUCCUGGACCUCCUCUGCGCGCCAGAACAAAAUGUGCAGAGCCCAUGCACGGCCCUCGGCGGUUACAAGUGGUGGAUAUCCAGUCCAAACAGGUGACCAUACGCUGGGAACCGCUGGGCUACAACGUGACCCGCUGCCACAGUUACAACCUGACCGUCCAGUACCGCUCCAGAGUGUCCGGUAAGGAGGAGACCCGGGAGGAGGUGUGCUACGAUGCACAGAGCCGCGACCCUCAGCACACGAUCCUCAACCUGACACCCUUCACAAACCUCAGUGUCAAGCUGGUGCUGCACAACCCAGAAGGGGUAAAGGAGAGCACCGAGCUGGAAGUCCAGACUGAUGAGGAUGUACCCGGAGCUGUUCCUCUGGAGUCAAUCCAGGGGAGUCCCUAUGAGGAGAAGAUCCUCCUAAAGUGGAGAGAACCAGCUCAGACCUUUGGGAUCAUCACUCAGUAUGAGAUCUCCUACAAGGCGGUAAGCUCCUUUGACCCCGAGCUUGACCUCUCUAACCAGAGUGGGAAGGCGGUGAAGCUGGGCAACGAGACCACCCACGAGUUCACAGGCCUCUACCCGGGCUCCACGUACUCCUUCACUCUGCGCGCCAGCACAGCCAAGGGCUACGGCCCCCCUGUCAUCACCCAGUUCACCACCAAGAUUUCAGCGCCAUCCAUGCCAGCCUAUGACCAGGAGACCUCUCUGAACCAGACCGACAGCACCGUCACCGUCCUCCUUAAGCCUGCUCAGAGCAGAGGCGCACCUGUCAGCGCGUACCAGGUGGUGGUGGAGGAAGAGCGUCCACGCAGAGCGCGGGGCGCGGCAGAGAUCUUACGCUGCUACCCAGUCCCCAUCCACUUCCAGAACGCCACAGUUCUAAACUCACAGUACUACUUCACGGCUCAGUUCCCCGCCGCCGGCAUCCACUCACCACAGCCGUUCACCGUGGGUGACAACAAAACCUACAACGGCUACUGGAACGCCCCACUUCUGCCACAGAAGAGCUACAGCAUCUAUUACCAGGCUGUCAGCACAGCCAAUGGGGAAACCAAAAUCGACUGUGUUCGCGUUGCAACUAAAGCCGCCAUACUCGUGACUCAGCUCACAACCCCGUACAUCCGCAUGGCCCCGGCGGCCGGUGACCACCAGCUAACAGGAGCAGCCACUCACAAACCCAACGCAGUGGAGCCCGAGAAGCAAACCGACCACACCGUAAAGAUUGCGGGGGUCACUGCUGGCAUCCUCCUCUUUGUCAUCAUCUUCUUAGGAGUGGUGCUCCUCAUGAAGAAAAGAAGAACCUAUCACUCCUACACUUACUACCUAAAAUUGGCCAAGAAGCGAAAGGAGACGCUGAACAGCACCCGCCAGGAGAUGACGGUGAUGGUCAACUCCAUGGACAAGAGCUACACGGAGCAGGGGACCAACUGUGACGAGGCGCUGUCUUUCAUGGACACGCACAACCACACGCUGAACACCCGCAGCGAGUGCACGCUCACGCUCAACGGGCGCAGCGAGUGCACGCUCACGCUCAACGGGCGCAGCGAGUGCACUCUCACCGUCAACGGCAGAGCUGCAUCGUCUCCCUCGUCUUUUACGCUCCCAAAAGGCAACACCCUGGCUUCCUCCCUCCCCACCAACUCAUACUACCCAGAUCCCUUUGUGCCGACUGCUAUCUUAGACGAGAGCCAGAACACGGGCAGCGACACCAGCAGCCUGGUGCAGUCGCACACCCACUCCCUGAGGAAGCGGGAGCCUGUCGACGUGCCGUACCAGACGGGUCAACUGCACCCGGCGAUCCGCGUGGCCGACCUCCUCCAGCACAUCACGCAGAUGAAGUGCGCGGAGGGCUACGGCUUCAAGGAGGAGUACGAGAGCUUUUUUGAAGGACAAUCUGCACCGUGGGACUCUGCCAAGAAGGAUGAAAACCGCAUGAAGAACCGAUAUGGGAAUAUUAUUGCAUAUGAUCACUCCCGCGUCAGACUGCAGGCCCUGGAGGGGGAACAGAGCUCCGAUUACAUUAAUGCAAAUUAUGUUGAUGGCUACCACAGGCCGAAUCACUACAUCGCCACUCAGGGCCCCAUGCAGGAGACGGUGAUCGACUUCUGGAAGAUGGUGUGGCAGGAGAACACAGCCGCCAUCGUCAUGGUGACCAACCUGGUAGAAGUGGGCAGGGUGAAGUGCUGCAAGUACUGGCCCGACGACUCGGAGAUCUACAGAGACAUCAAGGUGACGCUGAUCGAAACCGAGCUGCUGUCAGAAUAUGUCAUUAGAACCUUCGCGGUGGAGAAGAGGGGAGCUCAUGAGAUCCGAGAGAUUCGACAGUUUCACUUCACCGGCUGGCCGGACCACGGUGUGCCCUACCACGCUUCGGGUCUGCUGGGGUUCAUUAGGAGGGUCAAGUCCAAAACUCUGACCAAUGCUGGUCCGAUGGUGGUUCACUGCAGCGCUGGAGCCGGUCGGACGGGCUGCUUCAUCGUCAUUGACAUCAUGCUGGACAUGGCGGAGAGGGAAGGCGUGGUGGACAUUUACAACUGCGUGAGGGAGCUGCGCUCGCGGAGGGUCAACAUGGUCCAGACCGAGGAGCAGUAUGUCUUUAUCCACGAUGCCAUUCUGGAGGCCUGUCUUUGCGGCGACACCACCAUCCCCGCCAGCCAGCUCCGCUCCGUCUACUACGACAUGAACCGCCUGGACCCGCAGACCAACUCCAGUCCCAUUAAGGAGGAGUUCAGGACUCUAAAUAUGGUGACUCCCACGCUGCGGGUGGAGGAUUGCAGCAUCGCCCUGCUACCUCGCAACCACGAGAAGAACCGCUGCAUGGAUGUCCUGCCACCAGACCGCUGCCUCCCAUUUCUGAUCACCAUCGAUGGGGAGAGCUCCAACUACAUCAACGCCGCACUCAUGGACAGUUACAAGCAACCCUCUGCGUUCAUUGUGACCCAACACCCGCUGCCAAACACGGUGAAGGACUUCUGGAGACUGGUGUUGGACUACCACUGCACAUCCAUAGUGAUGCUCAACGAUGUGGACCCAGCUCAGCUGUGUCCACAGUACUGGCCAGAAAAUGGAGUCCAUCGCCACGGCCCUAUCCAGGUGGAGUUUGUCUCCGCUGACCUGGAGGAAGACAUCAUCAGCAGAAUAUUCCGGAUCUACAAUGCGGCUCGGCCUCAGGACGGGUACCGGAUGGUGCAGCAGUUCCAGUUCCUGGGUUGGCCCAUGUACAGAGACACGCCCAUGUCCAAACGCUCCUUCCUUAAGCUCAUCCGACAGGUGGACAAGUGGCAGGAGGAGUAUGACGGGGGUGAGGGACGCACUGUGGUCCACUGUCUGAACGGAGGCGGCCGCAGCGGGACUUUCUGUGCCAUCAGCAUUGUGUGUGAGAUGCUCCAGCACCAGCACUCAGUGGAUGUUUUUCAUGCGGUCAAAACGCUGAGGAACAACAAACCCAACAUGGUGGACCUACUGGACCAGUACAAGUUCUGCUACGAAGUGGCGCUGGAGUAUUUGAACUCUGGGUAACGUGGAGCUUCUGUGUUUGCCUGGAAUGACAAGUUUGGGGCAGAAUGAAUGACUGCGGCUCACAUGUGUGCAUUAUGUUAAAAGGGUUACCAAGCCAAUGGGAGGCGGCACACAGGACCCUACGUGCAGUUCCCCUCCUUCUGACCAGCCCUCCUUUUACCUUCAUGGUCUGAACAGAGGAAGGUAGCAGGAGUUGUACAGUGCUUUUAUUUUUCUGGCUAACAAAACUCAAAAAGAGCACAAGGAGUUUCUUUCUUUCCUGGAUCCCCCUCUCUCUUCCUGCCUCCAUCAGCUGCCUGCCUGUCUCAUUGGUCGUUGCCUUGAUCCUCAUCAAACGGCAAGCGUCCGGCGCUCUUCACUUCCUCGUGGAAUGCACACCACUGUACAUAUUUUAACGUGCUCAUUUCUGUUUUGCUGAACUAAUUGUUGAAGGUCAUGAGAUUCAGGAAGCUUAAAUGUUCUGUGAUUUUUCAGACUUUUACGACGACUCAGCUUCAUGCCGCGGGAAACGCAUCCGCUUACCUUCUGUCCUGUUCGGGGAUCCAAAGCUUUAUUUGCACUUCCAUUUAAUUCUUGUUGUGCAUAUUGUAAAUAUGUCUGUAGAUUAUUUAUUUGCUGUAUUUGUACUUUCUUUGUGACUUGCAGUAAGUGACAAUCAUAUGUUCGAUAGGUUUGGUUUAUUGAGUGUAUUAUGUGCUUUUUGAGUCAUCUAAUACGACAAAGAAAAUCAAUUGUAAAGAAAAAAAGGAUAUAUAUAUAAAUGUAUCUUCAAUAUAAACACUGGGUUAAGUGUCUGUGCCUUGUCUGAAUGAACCCGGGAGAGAUGGGGACACCUACUGGACACAAAGGAAUCUACAGUACAUUGCCAAAAUACUGAUUCUGGAUAAACUUUAACUCAUUUUAAAAUCUAUUGAUGUGAUUUAAAUUCUCACUCUUGAACUGUAAGAGUUUAAGGGAACCAAUCUUAAUAAAGAUUUUUACCAGUUAAUUGUCA